AUGAGUGCAACAUUCACCGAAGAUGAGUUGGCCAUCCUCUUACGAAUUUACAACCAGCUGGCUAACAAUACGAACGUCGACGAAAAGCUUUUGUUGGAUUUUAUGGCCCAAAACAUGGAUAUGUUUUCUAAUGUUUCUGCGGAUGUGUUUCCGUUUGAGGAGCCAGUUAAUGAGUUGACACUAUCGUUUCGCAUUACUGCAACAACGAUGCAUUCAGCCAUUUUUUUACUGGGAGUGUCUGGUAACUCGCUGCUUGUCGCGGUGGCACAUAGAUCUGCUUUUCUCAAGCAGCCGAUGUAUAUCUACUUGGUAUCGAUGGCCUAUGCCGAUCUACUGGUCUGUUUGACGGCCAUUCCAGAAGCCAUUGUGUCUUACCAUUUUCAAAACCAGUGGUUUCUUGGCCAAGUGGGCUGUUCCGUAUUUGUUUUCCUCAAUUUUUUCGGGAUUAAUGCCGGGGUCGCCAGCAUGACCAUGAUGACCUUUGAGCGCUACCUUGCCAUUUGCCGUCCAUUGCUAGCCCGCAAAAUGUGCACCGUGGAGCGCACGCGCAAGAUCAUCAUCUGCUUAUGGAUCGCCACCGCAGUCUACUGCUCACCCUGGCUCGGUCUCACCAAAACAAAAGCCAUUGAAGACAUAGACUGGGAGAUCUGCGAUUUUCGCUUAACGCAAGGAUACUACAUAAUAAUUUUUGGAGCGGAUUUGUUGUUAUUUUACUGCACUCCGCUGUUGGCAGCGCUAAUAAUCUACGUAAGGAUCGACGAGACAUUGCGCAAACGUGAAACGGCGAUUAAUGUUUUGAUUAACACGGUGGAGGACUGGAAACUCUCAGGGGAGUCAACGAUGCGGCAUAAUGAUAAGCAAGAGCCCAGCAAGCCAAUUUUGUCCACCUAUGGCAGCGCUGUAAUUAACGGCAAAGGUUAUAUCUGUGUUUUUAGUCGGAUUGAAUUAGUAAUAGCUCAACGCAAGCGAAUCAGAGCCCGUAUACAGCUGCAGGACUUCUACGGGAAGAAAAUCGCACCAUUCUACCAAUGA